AUGGCUGCCGCGGUCCCAGAGAAGGCUGUCAAUGGUAACCAUGGAGCUCAUCAUAAUUAUGGCACCGCUGAAGCGUAUCGGUCCGGCCAACCUGCUGAACCGAGUAACCCACCAUCCCAGUCAGUGGAGCAAAAUCAAGCCGCUACAACUACUACAUCUUCUUCUACCGCAGGUGGCGAAGAAGAGAAGCCUCUUCCAAAGGAGAUGAUCGGAUGGUACUUUGUCGAGCAAUACUAUAACACCAUGAGCAAGGAGCCCUCGAAACUCUACCUCUACUACACCAAGAAAUCACAAUUUGUCGCAGGCAACGAAGCUGAAAAAGUCAACGUGGCUGUUGGGCAGAAGAGUAUUGCCGAUAAGAUUAAAGAGCUUGAUAUCCAAGACUGCAAGGUUCGCGUCACGAAUGUCGAUUCCCAGGAAUCAGGAAAGUGCAUUCUUGUCCAGGUGAUUGGAGAGAUAUCCAACCGAGCCGCUCCACACCGCAAGUUCGUGCAAACUUUCAUACUUGCCGAACAGCCAACGGGCUACUUCGUACUCAAUGACAUCUUCCGAUAUAUCGUCGAUGAAGAGGAGGAAAACAAUGUACCGAAUGGAGUGGUGGAAGCACCUACAGCCCCUGCUGAGACGGCUGACCCUGUUCCUGCUACCCUCACCAACUCUAACGACCCUGAAAAGCAGGAAGAGGAUGCUGAAAAAGUCGAUCGCAAGCUUGAUGAAGAAGUGCUGAGCAAGCCUUCGGAACCCGUCCCCACUGUUUUGGAAACUGCUGAUGCAGCCGAGGCUAAAGACUCUGCUCCAGGCAAGGAAGUUGACGAGAUCCCAGAAGAAAGUGUCAAGGAAUCGACACCAGAAGCACCCGAGCAAGCCGCUGAGUCUGCGGCUGUUGAGGACAUUGUCAAGCCUGAGAAGCCGCGUGAUCCUGACCCGACUCCGAUUGCAUCACCUGCAAAGCCUACCAAAGCCACACCAGUUGAAGCUCCUGUCGCUUCUCCACCCAAACCAGCAGCUCCAAAGACUUGGGCAAAUCUUGUGGCUUCCAACGGCUCUACAACAUCUGCGCCAGCUUCCAACACUAAGGCAGUCCCUCCUGCAAUUCCUGCUGCUCCGAAGCCAAAGACCAUGAAUAAUGCUCCAAAAGAUGCUUCAGCCCCAUCUUCAGUGGGCGAGGAUAGCCCAGCAAAACCUCAGCAGAAUGGCGGAAACGGCUGGCAAACGGCGGGCCCUGAUAACAAACAACGUCAAGGACGCCAACAUUCUCAAUCCGUCUCCAGUAGCCAGGACAACGUUCUAGGCUAUGUCAAGAAUGUCACUGAUAAGGUCGAUGCCUCAAUCCUGAAGACUACAUUGGCGAGUUUUGGUAAGCUCGCCUACUUCGACGUCAGCCGCCAGAAGAAUUGCGCGUUUGUCGAGUUCGCUGACUCUGCGUCCUACAAUGCUUGUGUGGCAGCUAAUCCACACAACAUUGGAGGCGAGCAAGUCUUUGUUGAAGAACGCCGCCCUCGUCCUACCGCCUUCGGUGGCUACAAUGGUAGAGGCGGCAUGCGCGGCGGUCGUACUGGACCCAACGAUCGACCUGGUAGUCAGGGGCGUGGCGGCUUUCCGAAGGACGGCGAACGUGGUGGCUACGGUCCCCGUGGUCGUGGUGGUGCCAUGACUCCUCGUGGUCGUGGAGGCCAAGCCCAAGCUGCAUGA